AUGAUGCGGUACAAAGAGGAGAAAGAAGCCAAGAAAGAAGCUUUCAGGAAGUAUUUGGAGUCAAGUGGAGUUCUUGAUUCUCUCACCAAAAUACUGGUUGCUUUGUAUGAGCAGAAUGACAAGCCUUCCUCUGCUUUAGAAUUCAUUCAGCAGAAGCUAGGUGGUCCUUCAGUCUCUGAGUAUGAAAAGCUUCAAGCUGAGAAGUCUGAUCUUCAAAUAAAGUACAAUGAGCUUUUGGCUAAACAUGAGGAAACCUUGAGAGAGUUAGAUGGAAUGAAGAGCUUGCAUUCACGAAACGCUUCAAAAGAUGACGAACACACUGAGGCCAUUGAAGACGAACACACGAUACUUGUGACUCCUCAUCACCACUAA